AUGGCUCUCAAUGGUUCGAUACUUGCGACGGCCAUACCACAAAUCACGACGCAUUUCAGGUCAUUGGAAGACAUAGGCUGGUACGGGAGCACCUACCUAAUUGCGACAGCCUGUAUGCAACCCCUUGUGGGCAAGAUAUACACCCAUGUACCGAUCAAGCAAACUUACAUUACCUUUAUGGCCACUUACACCGUGGGGUCAGCCAUCUGUGGCUCGGCUACAUCGUCGAAGAUGUUGAUAGGUGGAAGAGCAGUUCAGGGCGUGGGCGGCGCUGGAAUAUUGAACGGGGCGUUCACAGUCAUUGCCUCAACUGCCCCAGAGGACCAGAAGCCCAUUUUCACCGGAGUCGGCAUUGCUUUGUCCACUGUUGGACAAGUCGUCGGACCACUGAUAGGUGGUGUCCUGACACAAAAUAUCUCAUGGCGUUGGUGCUUCUACAUCAGCUUGCCUCCUGCAGGUGUCGUACUCCUCGUCCUCACGACCGUCACCAUACCAGAGCAAACAGAAAAGAAGCCGCUGAAAUCGAACUGGAAGAAGUUGGUCGCCUCCGAGUUGGAUCUGAUCGGAUUUGCUCUCUUCGCACCUGCCUCAGUGAUGUUGUUGCUCGCAGUGAUUUGGGGAGGCGGCAAAUUCGCAUGGGAUUCCGCCACGAUCAUUGGCCUUUUCUGUGGCUCUUUUGUCGAAUAUCUCAUUUUUGCGGCAUGGCAAUGGCAUCGGGGUGAGAAAGCAAUGAUUCCUCCACAUGUUAUCGGAAAGCGGUUGGUGUUAGCCGGUUGUGCUACCAAUUUCUUUCAAAUGGCUUCGAACAUGACUCUUUCAUAUUACCUGCCUCUCUGGUUCCAGGUUGUGAAAGGAGCAACCCCAACACUGAGCGGCGCGUAUAUUCUGCCUACCGCAAUAUCUCAAAGUAUCGGCGCAGUCGUGGCUGGAAAGAUUGUGCAAGUGUUAAGAUAUUGUACUCCAUGGGCUAUAUUUGGAUCCAUCGUCUCCACUAUAGGGUCAGGUUUGAUAACAACUUUCACGCCUACAACAAGUACUGGGAAGUGGAUUGGGUAUCAGAUUCUUAUAGGCACCGGACGUGCAUCAGUCUUUCAGAUGCCGAUCACUGCCAUCCAGGCAUUUCUCCCGAGAAAGGAACAAGCCAUGGCCACUUCGCAGGUGUUCUUUUGUCAGUACCUUGGUGGCACUAUAUUUCUUGCCAUCGCAGAGACGCUUUUCACGAGUAGUCUCCGCUCAGCUUUACACCGUGAUGCCCCAGGCGUCGACGCUGAACAUAUCAUCGAUGUCGGUGCCUCUGCGGUGAGGUCAGCGGUAUCGCCAGCUGAUCUGCCGGGAGUGUUGAAGGCAUACAACCAUGCUAUUGUUGAAGAUUUUUACCUUGCAGUUGGAGGCACGUGCGGAGCGUUUCUUGCUUGCUUCGGUCUGGGCUUCGAGAAACUUCCUCAGAAAGAAAUUAUCAAAAAGGGCGAAGAGAUCGAUCUCCGCAGGACAGAGAGCAACAUCGCCUGA